AUCAUAAGAAAUUGAGGAAUUAAGGUAAAAAAAUGCUACAUCACCGGAGAUGAGUUUCGUAGAUCAUCGCAAAAUAAUAUUCAGAAGCAAAAAUAAAACAAAAUGCCAGGAUUCAUCCAUCAGCGGGAAAUCUAACAUCGCUUGCUAAAUCGAAAAUUCUCCGUGGAAAAGAAAAUUAAGGAAAUCAAGAUGCAUCUUCGAGCGAUUUUGAUUAAGAAAACCUACCUGUAUGUGUGUAUUCACCAUAACAAGCAGCGAAUCGAUGAGAUCUAUGAGCAACCGAAGAAUUUGAGGAAACUGCACGGGGAAGAAGAAGCAAUCUGGAGUGAAUUCGUAAACCCUAGUGGAGACGGAGAAAUGGAUUUGGGAGUGUUAGCAGCGUUGCAAAUGGAAGUCGAGACUCCGUCCAUGGAAGAUCCUCAACCGGUCCAGGACCAGCCACAAACCCAAGUCACAGAUCCACCGAGUACAGCCGAAGCACCUCCUCCGCCAACUCCGGCGUCUCCACCACCACCGCUGGCUCUUCCUUCUGAAAGUAAGAAAAGACCACUCGACAACAGCAAUGGCCAACUUGUGAACUCCAAGUACUACAAGAUGCGUCUCAUCGUCAAGGAACUUCGUCCUCAUUUCAUCGAGGUCCUUCGGACGCCAGACUUUCGAAAUUGCAAGGCAGCUAAUGAAAUCAAAGAACGUAUGGAGCUUUUAAUGGAGUUAUACAAUCAGAUGCCAGCUGAAACAGUCUCCUCGGAAAAGCAAAAGGAAGUGCUGGAAAGCCAACCUUUGGCUGGUGUAACUGGUCCUGGACAAAAGCCCCAAGAACAGCCCCAAGUUGUUAAGCCAACUGAACCAUCUGAAAACAAAACCGCCCACUUGGGGUUUGGGUCUGCAAAACAGCAACAACCUGAGGACAAAGAUACUCAAGGGACGUAUAUUGUUGGCGGAUCAGCAUUUGGUUGGAACUUUGUCACAUAUUCUGGGAAUGCCCCAGUUUACUGUGGAGUAACAAAGGAGUCAUUUCGAAGCACUCAAGCUGAAGCUAAAGCUCAAACUCAAGCACAAGCUAAAACUCAAGAACAAAAUCAAGCUCAAACUCAAGCUGAAGCUAAAGCUCAAGAACAAAAUCAAGCACAAACUCAGGGUCAAGCUCAAGCUGAAGAACAAGCUCAGGCUCAAGCUCAGGAACAAGAUCAAGUACAAACUCAGGGUAAAGUUCAAGAACAAAAUCAAGAACAAGCUCAAGCUCAGGAACAAAAUCAAGUACAAACUCAGGGUCAAGUUCAAGAGCAAAAUCAAGCUCAAGCUCAAGAACAAAAUCAAGCACAAGCUGAAGCUCAGGCAAACUUAGGAGGGGAGUGACUUCUCUAGUUAUAGUGACUGUAAUUCUUCCGUUAAAUGUGACUGUAAAACCAAGAACAAAAAUUGAUUGUAAGCCUUGUUAGCAGAAAUCAGUCAUUUUGGUUUUUCUGGGACUGCUAUUGUUUACUAGUUUUGAGAUGCAAGUUGAGAUAUCCGAAAAUUUCAUUUCAUAUUCCUUGUAUUUUGUGAGUUACCAACGGACACUUGUCUGGUGGUUAUGAAUGCAGAGCCUAGCAAUAAAUUUAGCAAAAGGUU